AAAAAAAAAAAAAGAAAAUAGACAAAAACUUCUUUAUACAUAGACGUGGGCUGGAAUACCACGAAAUAUUUUUUUUUUUUCUUAACAGCCUAUAAUAAUAAUAGUAAACCAAAAAAUAUGCGAGAAUAUACAAACACAACCACUACUUCUUCCUCACCAUUAAACGUGCGUCCGACUAUAGCCGACGUCGUAACGGACGUACAACUUUUAAAAGCAGCUGAAAUAUUACGAGAGAAAUCAUUUGUGUCAGCUUAUUCGCUAGCGAGUAUUCUAAAUGUUAUAAGAUACGUGUUAGGCAAGCCCUAUUUCCCCGAAAGCGUGUUUGGUAAUAAAAAAUCAGUUGCGUUUGAGUUCAAAGGACAAUCUUGUGUUGUUGAAUUCGCGUCUUGUGAAAAUAAUAAACGUCCUUUUCAAAAUGCUUCCUUAGAAGCUGGUAGAAAUUCUACUUCCCCUUCUGUACUUUUACAACCUACAAUCGCUGACAUUCUUAGCGACUCUCAAACUCUUAGACUUAUAGAAGUAUUAAAAGAAAAAAGUAAAGAAUCUCCAUUAAAGCUAGCUAGUUUAUUAUGCAUAGUAAAAGCUGUGCUUGAUGAGGUGGGAUUAAGGGGACUUUUAUUCUCGAAUAAGAUUACGUUUACACACCUUGUUUCUAGUAAUAGUGCUAAUACUCGCGAAUACACCGUUGAAUUUGAAGAUCAACGUAAUCAAUUCUUUCCUUCAUCUCAUUACAAUAAUGAUUAUUUAACUAAUGGAUCUAACAAUAUGAUGAAUAAUGUUUCUGAAAUUCAUGUAUUCAAACCUCCUUUGACAUCUGUCCCUCAUCAUCAUCAUCAUCCUCCUCAUCAUCAUCAUCCUCAUCCUCAUAAUCAACAAGAUGAAGAUGAAGAUAUGAUGGAUGAAUUAGAGAAAGAUGAAAUCGUUGAAGAACCACAGACGGAAACUGAAAUUUGGAGACCGCCUGCCACUAAAAGAAAACGUAACAGCGACAGUCCUUCCGAUGAAGAUCAUUGCGUAACACCGAACACGUCAUCUAAUAAAAGACGUUCAACGGAUAAGCAUAAAGCUCCUCCAUUGAGUUGUGAAGCUGUUAAAAAGCUUUUCACGGGAAUUACAAAAGUUAUGCUUCUCCAAAGACUUGAAGAGUCAAAAGCGUUAAUAUCCUCCAUUAAAGAAAGUUAUUCCGGUAUUAGGCCUCCAAAUAACUCGUCAAAUUUAUCAUCAUCCCCGCGUUUGAAUCUUUUAUGUCACCUCCUCCAAUCACCACCUACAUCCCGUAUUGAUGGCAUUUCUUCAAAAGUUUUCUCUAAUUUAGAGUUGUAUAAACUAUUUACCACAUAUAAUGCUUACAAAGAAGAAGUUGCACAAAAUAUUCAUUCAGAUCAAACAAGUUCUCCUAAUAAAAAAAAUCAUACGUCUUCACCUUCUUCAACAGAUCCAUCUCCAAUCACUUUUCCAACUUAUUCUUCAUUUAUAGAUCCAACUGUUACUCUUCAUAUUAAAGAACAAACGGGUGGUAAAGAAGUCGGAAAACAUCGAUUGAAUUGUGCAUGGCGUUUAAGCAUAUUAUGUGAAUUAUUAGGUAAAGGUGUAUUAUUGAUGACUAAGGAGUUGAGCGGAGCCAAAUUGGAAAGAAUUUUGGUUGAAGAAUUUUCAAAGUUGGUGGAUUUCUUGAAAAAUCAGGAUAAUCAAGACUGGGUCGCUGCUGUAAGAGAAAAGAUGGAAUUAACUGGAUUUGAUGAAGUUUAUGAACCACUGAAUGAAGCUGAUAUCGGAAUUAAUAAUAAUAGUAAUAAUAAUAAUAAUAGUAAUAGUGGUGUAAAUAAUAUGGUAGCAACAUCUAUUGGAGGUCCGAUUGGGAAUGAUGUGAUGAAACAAGGACAUAGUGACAAUGGACAUGUGGGAAUCCAACAAGUAAUUUUUGCAAUUGAUCAAAAUAUUUCACAUCAAAUUUCAUCGCAGCAACAGGAUAAAAGGAUUGCAGUUUCUACGACGGGAGUAGAUGAUGUGAUGAACCAUGUCCAUCCUUACGGACAACAAAGAUAUUCAGAGAGUGUUAGUGUUGGUGGUGACCCAACCGCAAAAGACGAUGCAAUUGCGAUUCGACCGCCACCGCAAAGUACACGUCCUCUUUCUUUUAAAGCUCCAAAAUAUUAAAAUUUUAGAGGGAAAACAAGUGAAUAACUUUUUUUUUUUUUUUUUGAUAUUUUAUUUUUUCUUAACAAUAUUGUGAAAAGGCGAAAUGGUUCAGCAUCUUCAAUUUGUAUAUAUUAGUCUUGAAUUUUUAUUAUUACUAUUGGGGGUUUGUUUUUUAAAAUUUUCUAUACAUUAUAUUUUAUUAGUUUAUUUUUUUUUUAUUCUUACCCUUAUACUUAUUUUUAUUAUAUUUUAUUUUAUUUUAUUUUUUUUUUUUUUGGUGUUAUUUAUUAUUUUCCUUUAUUUUUGCUUGUAUUAUUUUUUUUUUCUUUAAAUAAGUAUUGUUAUGUGUGAAGCAGAUGAUGAUGCUGAUUAUAUGAUACUUGUAUAUUUUUUUCAUAAAUUUCUUUUUAUUAAAAAAUGAAUUUUGAA